AUGCACUGGGCUACUCUUCUCCUUGGCCUAUUCGAGGCAUGCGCUGCCAUAUCUACGAUAAACCGGAAGGCAUGCCAGUACCCGACCAAGAAGCCACUAGACGGUUGCCCUAAGAACACAAUUCUCGUGGGCCCUGGGCGGAACUUCUCUACCAUUCAGUCCGCAGUGCUGAGCUUGCCAAACGAUACGACACCACAUCACAUCCUGAUUCUUCCUGGAAACUAUACCGAGCAAGUAAACGUCACUCGGCCUGGCCCCGUUUAUCUGUUUGGUCAGACAAAAGCCCCAAACGAUCAAAGCCAGAACACUGUAAACGUUAUAUGGCGUAACGCUACCGGAGCAGGCCUAUCUACGCUAGAUAACGCAUACACUUCUGUCCUCACGGUCGCGCCAACUUUCAACGCAAGUACGACCGGCUCAGGACCGACUGGCAAUCCCGUACCAGCAGAUACGCCAUUCGGCAACUCCGAUUUCCGCGCGUACAACAUAGACUUCAGCAAUUUGUACGCGCCUUACUCGGCCGGCCCGGCACUGGCAGUCUCAGUAAGCUACGCGAACACAGGCUUCUACUACUGCGGAUUCUACUCGUACCAAGACACCGUCUACGUUGGCAAACUAGGAAAUGCAUACUUCUACAAGAAUGAAAUCGCCGGACAAACAGACUUCUUCUAUGGCUUCGGCACAGCAUGGAUCCAAUCUAGUCUCGUCUCCCUUCGCAGUUGCGGCGGCGGCAUCACAGCAUGGAAGGGCACGAACACAACUUUUGUCAACAAAUACGGCGUCUACAUCCACGACUCCGACGUAAAGAAAGCCAACUCAUCCCUCUCCAUAACCGGAAAAUGCGCGCUCGGUCGCCCUUGGAACUCCCAACAUCGCUCUAUCUUCGCAAACUGCUAUCUUGAUGAUUCUAUCCAGCCGAAUGGAUACAUUGAGUGGGGUACCACGGAUAAGAGAGUGAACUUCAAUACCACGAUGGCGGAGUACAAGGACUACGGACCUGGGUGGAAUGAAACUGCUCGGCUAGCGAGCAAUGUCAGUAUUGUUAUGGACCGAAAGCAAUAUGAGCCGUACUCUACUCUGGAGAAGGUGUUCCAGUACCCAUUCUCGGGGAAACUCGGAAAUACAGCGUGGAUUGAUAGGAACCCUGAGAGAUGA